UGGCUCUGGUGCCAGUUACCUGUUAGCCGUGAAGCAGUCCGUAUCUGCGACCAAAGAAAACCGUUGACCGACCGUUCGUGAUCCGCAUUAUCGAUCCUCUUUGUUAUUGUUAUUGAUAUUUUGGAAACGAAACAAUUUCUGCACACCUACGCGAAUAAGCGAAUACGCGAAAAGCUUAACGACCCACUUAUUCUAAUCGUUGCGAUCAAAUUAAGCCAUGCGGGGCGCUACUGUUUACUACCUUAAAAUACUCUUGGCCAUUUGUACGGUCCACGAAAUGGCUGGCGGCCUCAUCAGGAACACCACGGAUGCCGCCUACAAGAAGUAUCUGUCACUCAGGUCGCUGCCAUUCGAAGACUGCGGUUCUUUGUACAGAGUCAACUACCUGGACAUCGAAAGCUGCUCAACAUUACCUUGCUCUAUGAAACGGAAUGCGAUUAUUAAGGUGACGGUGCUCUUCGAUGAUAACGGCAAUGGCGUCACCUUCCUGAAGCACGAAGUCCGCUGGGUGUUCAACUAUAUCAAGACCCAGGCGGCCAUAUCACCGGAUCCAUGCGAUGGCGAUCACGACUGUAUCAUGAGUGCCAGCGAUGGCAAGACCUAUUGGGCCAAUAUAUUUGUGAACGAAACAUUGCCGGUGAUGCGUGGCAGCAUGCUGUGGGAAUCCAAGGAUGAGUGCAAUCAGAACCUCAUAUGCUUUGAGGUCCCAGUGCUGAUCACAGUGUGAAUACGACUCGUACCGUACAUAUGUAUACGAUAUACGUACAGAUAAAAUAAAGUAAUUGGUGCAUGCAAAACUACA